GGAGAUGUCAUCAGGACAAGGCCAUAGAUAUGGCUGUCAAAGAAGGUGAGAGGAGAGAUGUCCACGGGGAGAAGUGGCCAAGCACCAACACCUCUGCAUCCAACCUCACAAAAGACCCAAAGGGAUGCAGAAAUGGAGAUGGGGGAAUGGAAACCUCUCUCAAUCAAGGAUUUGAGGCCUGGUACUGAUCUCUCCUCUUCCUCCUGCAACAUGGUGCACCUGCAGUUUUCUCACUUUCCCAAAGAUCCGUCCCUGGGCCUAGAGCUGGGCUUCCGGUGGCCGGGUGAUGAUGACCAUCCUUUCGCUGACGUCUGGGCCUUCUGCAGGGGCGAUCUUGAUGCAGGCUCCAGCGAAUCUCACCAGCUGUUUGAUGUGUGCCCCCUUCUUCCCGAUGAUGGCGCCCACAGCUUGGGAGACUUGGACACAGUUGCAGGGCUGGAAAAAGAACUGAGUAAUGCCAAAGCAGAACUUGAACUCAUGGCUAAAAAAGAAAGAGAAAGUCAAAUGGAACUUUCUGCUCUACAGUCCAUGAUGGCUGUGCAAGAAGAAGAGCUGCAGGUGCAGGCUGCUGAUAUGGAGUCUCUGACCAGGAACAUACAGAUUAAAGAAGAUCUCAUAAAGGACCUGCAAAUGCAACUGGUUGAUCCUGAAGACAUACCAGCUAUGGAACGCCUGACCCAGGAAGUCUUACUUCUUCGGGAAAAAGUUGCUUCAGUAGAAUCCCAGGGUCAAGAAAUUUCAGGAAACCGAAGACAACAGUUGCUGCUGAUGCUAGAAGGACUGGUAGAUGAACGGAGUUGGCUCAAUGAGGCCUUACAAGCAGAGAGACAGCUGUAUAGCAGUCUGGUGAAGUUCCAUGCCCAUCCAGAGAGCUCUGAGAGAGACCGAACUCUGCAGGUGGAACUGGAAGGGGCUCAGGUGUUACGCAGUCGGCUAGAAGAAGUUCUUGGAAGAAGCUUGGAGCGCUUAAACAGGCUGGAGACCCUGGCCGCCAUUGGAGGUGCAGCUGCAGGGGAUGACACGGAAGAUGCAAGCACUGAGUUCACUGACAGUAUUGAGGAGGAGGCCACACACCAUAGUCACCAGCAAAGAGAACCUUAUGCAACCUGACAAACCACUGAGGUCAUGGUGACUCAAUGAUCAGCAGAUGGUUCUUCAACAGCAAUCCCCUGUCAAGCCUCAGAACUUGAGGCUGAAACAUUGUUUCCAUCCACCAUCAGUGCAGAUGUAACUAGCGUGUUACAAGAGUGAAUAAUCUGGACUUCAGAGAUUAAGUCACCAAUAGUGAUCCCACAAGCACUCACUGGAACUCCUAUAAUGUCUCCACUUUGUCCGUGCCAUUUAGCAAUCUCAUCUCCCAGAUGGACUGUGCCUAUGAUUCUUAAGGAGAAAGUGAAUCAUUGGUAGGUGUCCCACGCAAGCAGCUGGACUUUCCAGUGACAGCUUUCUUGGGGCUUUUAGGAAAACUAUACAAGAAAUGAGGCUUUCUGGGUCUGCCUGUAUGUCUUCUGCAUAAGAGAAAGAGGAGACAUCGAAUCAACCAAUAAGAAGAGCCCAAGUGAGCGUCCUCAAAUCUUUUGGGAUUUGGCACUUGCGGACAUGAGUAGUUGUCUGGGAUAUGUCAUGUUCUCAACAGUUUCUUUAUAGUAGUUGGAUCACCUUCUUGUAGUAGGAUCAACCUUCUUGUUGCUAUAGCUGUACCCAACCUUCCCUGCUCCCUUGAGUGCUUGCGUGAGCUCCACUUUUUCUUUUACUUGAACAGCUUCUCCUGAGUCCUCCUUACUGAUGGUUGUGUCUUUAAUUAUAUACAUCUCUGUCCCUCCAGACAGAUCUCUCUGUCCUCACUCUCUGAUUUCAUUGAGGAUCUUGGGUGAGAGAGAGGGACCUGCGGAAUGAACAAAUGUCUACUCUAAGACAGCUAGAUUGGGAGGUUGUCUGGUCACUGAUGGUUAUAAUGACUGUGGGACAGGAUUAACUUCAGAAUAAAUGAACAGGAGACACAGAUAUGAAGACAGUCAGAUUCUGAUUGAUAUGGUCUGAAGUGCUCCUGGUAUUGCAAGUCAUUUGCUCUGAUUCUCAACUGCAGACAAACUGAGUGGUAAAGUUGCUUCUUCUUCAGCCUUCUUUCCUGUAGCCUAGAAUGGAGAAUCUGACCAGACCCCAUUUUGAGAAGGUCAGCCCACCCUGGAAUGAACAUUUUACAUUAGGGCAUUUGUAUUUCCCUCACAAUACUUGCCACAUUACUUGGCAUAGGAGAGAUGCUUAGUGUAAUUAUGAGUUAACAAGCCUUUGGAUCAGGGCUUGACUCAUGAUAGACAAAGUAUGUACCUGCUGGAUGGAAGAAUCUCUUGGGUAAGCACCAUUUUUCUUUCUAUCACCUUUCCUUGAAAAUACAUCUUCAGCUUUGGGUAGGAGGAAUCUUGGGGUGUGAAAUCAUUGCAAAUUUACUUCAUCUUUCUGGAGUUUGAGGUUGUGACUCUCCUGCUACCAAUUAAAUAAAGCUUACUUUGCCGUAA